UUUUUUCCCCUUAAAAAUUUUUAGCUGUCCAGGCUUUAAGAAAGUUGAAAUCUUUUCCCCUGAAUGAUGCAACAUGUUUUUGGUUGUUGGUGAACUUUUCUGGAUUAUUGAGUUUUUGUUUCAGUUCUGUAAUUGGUUAAACCCUUUGUGUUUAGCUCAACUGAGGAGGCUCUGUUUGGGGGAACAACUGAGGAUUGAAGAUAUUAUUCCAUCAUCCGAGUCUCUUGCAACUCGAGACUAUUCAGCUAGUGGGUAUUCUUCGCGUGCCGGAGAUGACGCCAAGGCAGACACCAGUAACAUAGAAGAAGCAGAAUCAUCACUUCGUGAGAGUGGCAUUUUGAAUUAUGAGGAAGCAAGAGCAUUAUUAGGUCGGCUUGAGUAUCAAAAAGGUAACAUUGAGGCUGCUCUUCAUGUAUUUGAGGGAAUAGAUAUUGCUGCGGUGGUUCCGAAGAUAAAACUUUCGAUUGCAAGAAGAUGUGAGAUACCAAGACGGAAUUCACUUAGCGACGCUAUCCCACCUAUGUCAAUGCAUGCAGUAAGUCUGCUCUUUGAGGCCAUUUUACUCAAAGCAACAUCCCUGCAGGCACUUGGGAGGUUUACAGAAGCUGCUCAGUCGUGUACAGUGAUACUGGAUACAGUUGAGUCUGCUUUGCCAGAUGGCUUACAUGAGAACUUUUCUGCUGAUUGCAAAUUGUUGGAAACCUUGAACAAGGCGGUGGAGUUACUUCCUGAGCUGUGGAAGCUAGCUUGUGCUCCUCAAGAAGCAAUCUUGUCAUAUAGAAGGGCCCUGCUUUAUCGGUGGAAUCUUGAUGUGGAAACGAGAAGCAAAAUAGAAAAGCAGUAUGCUAUAUUUCUCUUAUACAGUGGCACUGAUGCAGCUCCUCCAAAUCUUCGCGCACAGGCAGAAGGUUCCUUCAUACCUAGAAACAAUAUAGAAGAAGCUAUUUUGCUGCUUCUGGUCCUUCUAAGAAGAUACAUCGUCAAUAAAAUUGUAUGGGAUCCAUCGAUCUUGGAUCACCUCUGCUUUGCAUUAUCCAUUGCAGGUGAGUUUAGGGCACUCGCCCAUCAGGUUGAGGAGUUGCUCCCUGGAAUUGUUGUUAGAAGACAAAAGUACACUACCCUUGCCCUGUGUUAUUAUGCAGAAGGUGAUGACAUGGUCUCUUUGAAUCUGUUAAGGAACCUGAUGAAUAACAGGGACAACGAGAACGGCAUAUUUGAGUUACUACUUGCUGCCAAAAUUUGUGCAGAGUAUCCCAAUUUAUCGGAAGAAGGGAUGGGGUAUGCCCGGAAAGUGCUCCCAAAAAUUGAUGGGAAAUGUAACCAGAUGGCUAGUGUUGCAAAAUGCUUACUUGGUCUUCUGCUCUCAGGUCGAUCUCGUGCCCUCGUGUCUGAUUCUGAGAGAACGUCAAGACUGAGUGAAGCUCUUGAAUCACUUGAAUCGGCACAAAAGAUAACUGAAGGAAGAAAUCCUACUGUUCUUUUCUACCUUAGUUUGGAGAAUGCAGAGCAGAGAAAGUUGGAUAUUGCUCUCUACUAUGCAAAGCAGCUGUUGAAGUUGGAGGGAGGAUCUACUGUCAGAGGAUGGCUUCUUCUUGCUCGUAUACUAUCUGCUCAAAAGAGGUAUAUAGAUGCAGAAAACAUAAUUAAUGCUGCACUAGACGAAACAGGAAAAUGGAAUCAAGGAGAACUACUACGCACUAAGGCGAAACUACAGAUUGCCCAGGAACAUCUGCGGGAUGCGGUGGAGACAUAUACUCAUCUUCUUUCUGUACUCCAAGUUCAGAGAAAAAGUUUUGGAGUUCAGAAAAAGUUGUUAAAGAACAUGAGAAACAACACUAGAAGUUUAGAAAUGGAAACAUGGCAUGACCUAGCAAAUGUGUACACAAGCUUGUCUCAGUGGCGUGAUGCGGAGGUUUGCCUAAUCAAAUCUGAGGCUAUCAAUCCUCAUUCUGCUUCAAGAUGCCACUCUGCAGGGUUACUCUAUCAAGCUAGAGGACUCCACAAAGAGGCAUUACAAUCUUUUCAGAAGGCUUUAGACAUAGAACCAAACCAUGUUCCUAGUUUGGUUUCCACUGCCAUUGUUCUUCGACAACUCAGCGGCCAAACAUUGCCUGUCGUGAAAAGCUUUCUGACCGAUGCAUUACGGCNUCAAUGCUUCCCUCCAUUGUUCUUUACACAGCACGAAGGGAAUUCAACAACAGAACUUUUCCAACACACAUACCUUUACUAA